AUGGCAAUUCCUCCUUCACACAUGAACAUAAACCGCCACAAUGGCGGUUCUUCCCAGCAAAACUCCUCCCCUGGAACAGUCCACGCAGCACGCGUUGCAGAGUACCGCCGUGUUUACCAAUCCUUCCACAUACACAACCGUGCCAGCAUGAGCACUUCUUCGUCGUCGGGUGGAAUAUGCUGGCCAAAACCGGAAGGCGACGUAAGCAGCAAGGACCCUGGAAUGGUGCUGUACGGAAGGAUUCGGAUGUUGCAGGGCGCCAACCUGGAAGCGACCAAGAACGAGAUCAACUGGCUGCGGGCUAGGCUUGGGGCUCUGAGUAGCGUGGAACAUUCUCGCAACGGGCGCGCAAAGGCGGCUAUGAUUCAAGUGGGCAACAUGUGGCGGGACAAGUGUCGUCGUGUGUUGGAUGCGAGCCCACAGUCUAUGGACCCUACGCCUGCGGGACUGCAGAAAGACAUUAACAAGAUCUGGGCGGAGAUGUACGUGAUUAUGACGGACAUCCUGCUGUUAGAACAGAGGUUCAAAAGGCCAUGA